CAUUGCCAUAUGUGAACCUCUUUUAUCAUGUAACAGAAAUAUACAAUUUCUGUCAUUUAAACAUACAUAAAAAUUUUUUUACAAGGGAUACAGAAAUGCCAAAUGAGGCUCUUGAUGAAAUCUCGGUUUUAUCAGCCAUCUACUGCGAACAGGAUGAAUUCCAGCUUCUCGAAGAGUCUGUUGAGACUGGACUUGUGUACCGCAUAAAUACAAUGACAGAGAGAAACAACGAGAAAACUCCACUGAGUCUUAUUUUCCACAUCCCUCCCGGCUACCCCAACAAUCCUCCAGAUAUCAGUAUCAGCUCCAGCCAUCUCUCGAGGAAACAGUGCCAUGACCUGAGAAACAGUUUACUGGACACAGCCCGGUCACUUCCAGCAGAGCCUAUGAUCCAUGACUUAAUACUGUGGCUUCAGGAAAACUUCUCUGACUUAAUCAACACAGCAAGCUGUCAUUCAGCUGAGAUCAGACCAUACAUUAAAGAUGAAUCUUGGAUGGCUUUACGUCAUAUAGAUCACAUGAGAUCCAAAGCAAAAUACAUUAAACUGAUUGAAAAAUGGACCUCAGAUUUGUGUCUCACUGGUAGACUCUUUAUGGGCAAGCUGAUAUUGAUUCUGCUGCAAGGGACAAAGGAAAACAUUAAAGAAUACAUCCACCUUCAGAAGACUGUGAAAGUUGAUGUUGAUUCAUCUGGGAAACGCUGUAAAGAGAAAAUGAUGAACGUCCUUUGUGAGAUUCCACCAUUAGAGGAGAACAUAUUGAUGUCAACAUUUGAAGUGAAAGACAUUUUAUCACUCGAUGAACUCAAAAGGGAAUUUGAUCUUGUCGGUUUAACUGAGCUUUACAACCAGUAUGUGUCCUCACUUAUCUAACAGGGAACAGCAGGCGUACAACGCAAACUACACUGUGUGUGUGUUGCUUGACUAAACAUCUGUCUACAGCUUUGAUGGAAUUCCAUAUUUAUUUUCUUCAGAUGCUUGUAAGGUAUACAUUUUGAUGUACAGUCAAUUAAACUAUGAUACUGUAUUGCUUAAUAUAAGGUCUAACAUACACAGCAUGUCCGUUUGAAGAGAAUGGGAAAUAUUCACAUGUUGUAUGAAACUUUGGAAAAAAAUUCAAAUUUAUAGUGAGAGAAACUAUUUUGUGUUAAUCUCUCUAAAGCGAAUGUUUAAUAGGACAUUUUUAUUAUUACUUUGUAUACAGGUUGCCCUCCAGAUUCUUACUUUGUUUUUAGUUCACAGUGAUAUGUAUAUAUUAAUAUUAAAUGGGUUCAAAUGCAGUUGUAAAAAAAUGAAUAUAUACCACCAAAGUGGAUUCAAACUGUAUUUAAAGAACCCUAGUUAGGAACGGUAAAUAGAAGAAAUUGUACUAUAGGCAUCACCAUUUGCAAUGGCAGAGUUUAAGCUCUAUGGGGCAAACACAAGCUAUAGUUAAAGCAUCAGUUCAUUUAAAGGGAUAGUUCACCCAAAAAUAAAAGUUCUGUCAUGAAUUACUCAACAUCAAGUUAUUCCAAAUCUGUAUAAUUUUUUUGUGUGUUCAUAACAAAGAAAGAUAUUUGGAAGAAUGUUAGCUACUGAGAUUUCUGGGGCACCAUUGACUACCAUUAAAAGGGUUGUCAAAGUAGCCCCAGAACUGAUUGUUUUCCUAAAUUCUUCAAAAUAUAUAACAAAAAUAUACAAGUAUUCUUUCUACUAUGGUAGUCAAUGUGCCCCAGAAAUAUCAGUUGCUAACAUUCUUCCAAAUAUCUUUCUUUGUGUUCAACCAAACAAAGAAAUUCAUACAGGUUUGGAAUGACUUGAGGGUGAGUUUUUGGGUGAACUAUCCCUGGCAAAAUCAUCGAUCUUAUCUCCUCCUUAAUAUAAGAACAAGCACUAAGUACAAAGUUUUCCUCAUUACUUAAUGUUUAGAAUAGCACUGAAUAUAUAGUGUCUUUCUUUCAUACAAU